AUGAAAAAGGAGACAAACAGUGAUGUCAGCGAAACUGUCAAAGCUGAUUUAGGCACAGAGGUUCUGAUUGGCCAGUUUUCUACCCUGACAGUAAAUGAAAAGGAGAGCGUUGAUUCAGCAGAAAGUAGAAGAGACAAGUGUGUUGAUGAUUUAGCAUCUAGUAAAGAAACAUACAACAGUAAACCUAAUGAAGAGGCAGAGAAAGUGGAGGAGGAAGAGGAUACAGUUGUGUAUAGGCAAAGAAGACAGGAAACUUCAAACGUGCCAAGUAAAACCAUGCUAGAUCUGACAAGUUACAGUUCUCCUUCUGACACUCCACAGGCAGAUGUAUAUGGUCCAGUUGGAGAUGUCUACAUGCCAAUGUGGAGUCUAGGGUCAAAUCAAAGACCUAGGUCAGCAAUUGAAUCUAAUGUCACAACAAGGUCAACAGAAAACGUUCAAAGGUCAUUGUCUGUUUUUGUUGAUGGUCAUAAAUCAUUGACGGAGGAAAAUCUGUCAGGAUUAUCAGACAUAAAGAAAAAGGAAAAAGCCUUUGAGAGAACUGUUCCCAUGGUUACAACAAGAGUGAAUAAAGGCAAUGAUAGCUCAGAUAUUUCAAAAAUGGCUGGAGAUCCUAGCUUGGUAACAAGUACUCUACCAUCUGAACAUGAGAAUGAUGCUCAAUCAAAAAUCACAAAUUUGAAAUUCCAAGCAAAUGAAUUAGAAUCAAUAGAGAAAGAUGAUUUAUACAAGUGCAAGGGUGAAGAAAUAGAAGAUGUAGUGGGGGAGGACUCUGAGAGAUGUACGACAAGGGUUACUGACCUGCUGGUCAAAGAAGAGGAGAGAGGUGUUCCUUCUAUAGGGGCAGAAACUCCAAGGGUUUUAACUACAGGUGUGAUACCAGAUGGUACUGAUUGGCAAAGUCCAGGACCAGAAAAGAGGAUUUCACAAGGUAGAACAGAGUAUAAUGUGGGAGAAAGUAUCAGCACUACAGAUAGUACAGGGUCUACACUUGGACGGCAGGAAAGUGAUCUAGUAAACACAUUAGCCACGACAGGACACAAGAGCGUAAAACCAACCACAGAAACAUCAGGGGAGAUCACUGCAGAGUCUUCCUUACCACAACAAAGAUCAUCACCAGGUCACUUACAUCCAGAACAGCCUUUUACUGGUCAGUCAAGUCAACUACAGCAUUCUGCUGAAUCUGAUCAACAUCAACUGUCAAGUCCUCAUUUAGGUCUUUCUUCACCCUUCACCAGUAAAGAAAGUCAGUCCCUGGCAAGUCAGAUUCUGCUUACUGGUGAACCAGAUCAAGGUCAAAAACUUCCUAGUCAAUUAGGUCAAGGUCAACAGCUUACAAAUCAGGUAAAUAUGGAUCAUCUCCAAAGCAGUCGAUGUCAGCAGCUCUCCAGCCAGCUGGAUCCUAGUCUACCAAUCACCAGUCAGACAGCUUUAGAUCAGCCUCUUACUGCUCAAGUAGAUUAUUGUCAGCAGUCCACUAGUCACAUGGGAAAUGAUGAGCAUCAUACUGGCAUGUUAGCUCAAGGUCAACAUCUUAUAGGUCAGUUAAAUCAAGGUCAACAUCUUAUAGGUCAGUUAAAUCAAGGUAAACUUGUUACUGUUCAGAUAGAGCAUGGUCAACAUAUUACAGGUCAGAUAGAGAAAGGUCCACAGAUUGUUGGUCACCUAGAUUCAGCUCAGCCAUUGACUGGUCAACAAGGGCCAACUUUGCCCCUUACAAAUCAGGAAGGUUUUGGUCAACAGCGUGGCGAUCGACGAAGUCCAACUCCACUCCUUCCUGGUCAAUCAGUUCAAGGUCAGCAGCCUUCUGAUCAGUUAGGUGAAAGUCAGCCUUUUACUGACCAGAAAUUGGGUAAUGAUGAGCAGUCAAACACAGGUCACAUAGGUCCAUAUCAUUAUGUCACUGGCCACUUGGGUACAAAUCAACCAUACACUGGUCAAUUACAUCCAACUCAAGGGAUCAGUGGUCAGCAAUUUUCAAAUGUAUAUGGUCAACAGAUGAUACAGCAAGGGGCCAUUCUUCCUCCACAAAAUCAUCAAUAUCAAAGGCAAAGUGGUCAGAUAAUGUGGCCAGUGAAUUACCCAUACCAUUAUCCAUCCAAUGCUAACAUGAACUAUCAACCUAACUUGGGGCCUGGUUAUCCCAACUAUAGCAUGCCACAACAUGUGCCUCCUGGCAUAUUACCACACCAAGCUCCACAUGUGACUUAUGGUAUGUCACCACACCAAGCUCCAGGUACAGCUCCAGGCAUGCCACCAUACCAAGCUCCACAUGUGGCUCAUGGUAUGCCACUAUAUCAAGCUCCAAAUGCUGCAGUUGGUAUGCCACCACACCAAGUUCCACAUGUAGCUUCUGAAAAGCCACCACAUCAAGCUCCAGUUACAGCACCAGGAAUGUCAUCGCACCAAGCCCUACAUGUGGCAUCAUGUGAACCUCAAGAGAAUCAACCACAAAGUACAGCCUCUAGCAAGAUAUCACCACUUACUGGCACUGGAAGGGAGACAACUAGUCCUGCCUUACAUCAACCUGUUUCUACUCCAGAAAACAUCCCAGUUGUCACAGGGGCAACUAGCAUGACUAGACCUUUGUCUGUAAUCGAUAUUUUCAAAAGAGAAAUGUUGACUGAUAACAAAUGUCUUGUCCCAGAAAAGGUUGGCCAAAAACAAGAAGUCCAAAAAGGGAAUUCUAUUUCUACUGCAAAAGAAAUGGAAGCAGAUUGUAUUCGACAGCUGCAACAGUGGGCCCAGUCUCCAGUAAAACCACACAGCCAACAGGAGGAGAUUAUAUCUGGACACACAGCAGAUCCCAGACAGGAGCACUUGUAUGAUACUGUCUUGUCUUAUCAAGAUUUGCAUCAUUUGAAAGAAAUAAUAAACUUUGGUCAGAUCAAACUGCUGGAAGGAAAACUCACUGAUGUCCAGGCUGAUGUGAUAGUGAAUCCAACCAACAAGGACCUACAUUUAGCUUCUGGAAAUGUAUCCAAAAGGAUACUGGAGGCUGCUGGAGAACAGAUUCAGGCGGAAGGUAGAGAGAAAUAUCCCCUGGGAAUCAACCAAAGGGUUGUUGGCGUGACUGCUGGAGGAAAACUAGACUGUCAGAAGAUAUUUCAUGUGGUUUUACCUCGAUGGGAUGGUCAGGCAGAAUCUGCAGAUAAGCUGGUCACAACAUGCCUGUCUAUGCUGGUAGAUCUGAAUCUCUUCUCUAUUGCCUUUCCUGCGCUUGGUACUGGGAAAACAGGAUACCCUGCAGAUAUUGUAGCCAAAGCCAUGCUUGAGAGUACCAAUAGAUUUCUGAUUAACAGAGAAAAGACAGUGUUGGUGAACUUUGUUAUUUUCCAUGGAGACAAAGCAAAUAGAAAGGCUUUUAAAAACAUAGCCUUGUCAGUUCUGGAAUCAAAUGAUGAAGAAGAACCGAUGGAGGUAGAUGAUCUGGAACAACAGGAACACCGUAGUAACCAUCCAUAUAAACAAAUUCAAGAUCACCAUGGUGACCAUACUUAUAUGAAUUUGAGCAGUCAGGGAUGUGAUGAACAUAUUUAUGAAUCUAUUAAUAUCAAGCAUUCAGAAGGUCAACCAGACUUGUUACAAAAUAUUGAUGAAAGUCCGUAUAUGAAGAUGGAUUUCAAUAAACCAAUCAUUGGAAAGCAAGCCACUCUUAAAGACAAGGAUGGUUCAUACAUCAAUAUGCAACAAUUCAGAAAACAACAAAGUGACACAGAGACAUCAAACAUGAGAUUCAGGGAGACAGAAAGAGCCAGGGGGUUACAACCAGAGAGUAAAUCUUCAGAAGAUUUACCCAUGAUACCUAACCAACGGCCACAGUUCCUGAGGGUGACCUAUCCAAAACCUUUAACAGAAGAUGACCUUAAAUUCUACUUUGAGAAUGAGAAGAAAUCAGGAGGUGGGGAGAUUCUCAAAAUUGAGCAUAACAGUAGAAAAAGAGUGACUUUGAUCCAGUUUGAGGAUCCAGAUGUUGCUUUACAUGUAGUUGACAGAACUCACAAACUGUGUGGAUCACAGCUUCAAGUUACCAUAGUAACAGGAGAAAUCCCUCCCACCAUAGAAGAGAAAAAGCUGCUAGUUUGUAACAUAAACCCCAAAACAACAGAAGAUACUCUAAUGAACUUCCUAGAGGCGAAGGUUAAGGCAGUGCCAACAGAUGUCAUGUAUAGCACCCGAAAAGAUCGGGCAGUCAUCUCAUUUGACAGUCAACCAGAUUUUGACAUGCUUCAGCAAAUUUGUAAGACUAGGCCAUUAGAUGGUAACCACCUGAAAGUAUCACAUGUUCCUGUGUCCUCUGUGGUUUUGGUGAAAGACUGCCCUUCUGUCUCAAAGGAUACUAUCUUGCUUUAUUUUGAAAGUAAGAAAAGCAAUGGGGGCAACGUUGAAAGAGUGGAAAUCCUCCCCGACCAGUCGGAGUGUCUUGUCCAUUUUGAAGACCCUGCAGUGGCCAAAAGAGUGUGUGAUCCUAAACACAAAUUACUGAUCCAGAAGCAACAAGUGGCGGCCAUUUUAUACUACCCAUUUUUGAGGUCAGUUGAGAGCAAGACAUUGGAUGUUGAAUCUUCUGAUGAAGCCUUGACAGAAACAGAAUCAAGUGGACAAUUACGAGGGGGGAGAUAUCUACUGAAGGAGCAUUCUAAAAACAAAUCCCCAGAAAAGAGAGAGUUGCCUGACCCGCCACUAGAUGAUACAAUGAAAUCUGCAAAUCCUGUGACCUUGAGAGAUAUUGAAUCAGAUCUUACCAAGUUCAUCGUAAAUUCAGAACCCAACAAAUCAGCAUUUGAAAAGAUGAUGUCAAAAGUUAAGGGUAAGGUCAUUUGGCCAGAAGAUUUGAAAACAGAUUCAAUUCAGAUAAUUUGUUUGAUGGAUAUGAUGACAGACAAUGCUGCAAUGGAAGCCGAGCAAUGGUCUGCAGAAAUCUACCGAAAUGUCAAACAGUUUUUUAGUCGCAUGACAACAGAAGAUGUCCCAGUUGCGAAACAAGUUUGGCAGUCUGUCUGUUUAGAGUUACAGUCCUUGAACAUAUCUCACCCUGAUGGUGUUGCUGUGAUCCUAAACCCUCUUGAUCAUACAAUUGUCAUCGCAGGACAUAAAAAGUUUGUGAACGAUUUGAAAAAGGAGAUUGAGAAAAUUAUUAAGAUGGCUGAAGAAAGCUUGAGAGAAGAAACAAAACAGGUCUCCAAAUCUGAGGUCUUAAAAAUGUUUCAGAUACAAAUACUAUGGAAAUUCAAAUUCAGAGAUGAGAUAUGCAAACGUUGCCCAAACCUGGAGGUUGAAAUUGAUGUUGACCGUAGAAAGAUCACAUUCACUGGUGUUCUGAGUGACGUGGAUAAAGGAAGACAGUAUAUGAGAGAAAAGUUAGAAUCCAUUCCCAGUGAAUCUUUUGCGAUAUCACGAGGCAUGAAGGAAUUAUUCCAUAGAAUGCCAGCUAAAACAGAAUUUGUAGAACAACUUAAGCAACGCCAUCUUGUGGCUGUGUGGGACAUUCCUCCUCAUCAGGAUAUUUGUAUCAUUUUUGCAAAAUCCAGCCAAGUUGCCAAAAAUACAGUUAGCAUAUUUACAAAGUUGUUACAAGAGAAGAAGAUACCAUUGAAAGAAGACUUGGAGAAGAUUGUUUCAUCAACAAAAUGGCAGUCAGCAUUGAGACAUCUAUUCUCAAAGUACCCAGAAAAAAUUCAAAUUAAUGUGGAAAAAAAUUGUGUCUAUGUGACAGCAGUUAGUGCUGUGUUUGAUGAAGUGUGUGACAGUAUUGAUGCUGAGAUCAGAGACUACAAAAACAUUCAUGACAUUCACAAGGAAUUUCUUUCAGUCGAGGAAGGAGUUUUUAGCUUCUUAGAAAAACAUCGAAGAUCCGAGAUUGAAACCUGCACACUGGCAUUACAGAAAACUUUAAACUUAUUUGUAAAAACACGUAACUCCAAGGAUAAACCAGGAUAUGACCUUGAAGGUACAAGAGAUGCUAUAAAACUGGCCAGAAAAAAACUACAAGAUGUUAUUGAUAAGGUGUCCAUGGAUACCUAUAGAGUUCAGAAAGUUGGGGCUGCAGAUUUCUUUCACUCUACUGAAGGACAGGACAAAAUACGACAGAUAGAAUCUGCAACUUCAUCUAUUAUCAGGAAAUCAUCAGAAUACGAUAGUGCUGAGAAGGCCAGUAGUCAAAGUUUAAUCCCGGUCACCAGAGCCACAUGUAACAUUGGUCAAGGCAAGCAGUGUCUUGUUCUUGAGGGUGACAUGACCAAGCUGAAGGUGGAUGUGAUGGUUAAUGCUGCUAACACAGACUUACAACACGGAGGUGGAAUUGCAGGUGCCAUCGCAGCAGCAGGUGGUCCUGUGAUCCAGAAUGAGUGUGACGACUAUGUUACCAAACAUGGAAAAGUUCCAGACGGAGAAGCCAUCUCUUCCAGCUCAGGAUCCCUACCCUGUAAGAUGGUAGUACAUACUGUUGGUCCAAUUUGGAAAGAUGGCACUCACAAUGAAGAAAAGAAACUACAAGAAGCUGUGUAUAGAAGCUUGAUAUUGGCAAAAAAUUAUAGGUCUGUGGCCUUACCUGCAAUCAGUGCUGGAAUCUUUGGUUACCCUCUCAACAGAGCUGUGGAAACCAUUGUCAGUAUGGUAGGGUACUUCUUCAAAAAACAUUCAACCACCAAGAUCAGAAACGUGUACCUUUCAGACACAGAUUAUGACACAGGUUCUACUUCUUCAGGUAAACAAGUUAACACCUGUUAUGACACAGAUUCUACCCCUUCAGGUAAACAAGUUAACACCUGGGAAACUUCUGAUGAAGAAAGUACAGAUGAGAUGUCUGAAGAUGAAGGUUAUACUGCACCAAGAACAUCAUCCAAAAGGAAAAUAGCAGUUGAAGUGGUCCGAGGAGAGCUGGCAAAAACAAAGGCAGAUGUAUUGGUCAACUCCACUGGUAGGGACCUAAUGCUGAAUGUUGGGAUGCUGUCAAAGUCCCUGUUAGAGUAUGGGGGUCUAACCAUCCAAAAAGAAUGCACAAAGAAAUACACAAAUGGAAUAUUACCAGGCGAUGUUGCUAUUACAACUGGUGGCAAUCUUGCAUGUCGAUAUGUGUAUCAUGGAACAUUUGAUAGCUGGGGUAAAGACCAGAGAGGAUGUGAACAGACUCUUGAAAAAUUUAUAAAAGUCUGCCUUCAAGAGGCAGACAGGAACAGAAUGACCUCUAUAGCAUUCCCUGCUCUUGGUACGGGUCGUCUUGGUUACCCUCCUGCCAACGUAGCUAACAUCAUGUUGCAGUGUGUGAGAGGAUUUGAAAGGGAAAUUCCAAAUACUUACCUGCAAAGUGUGAUGUUUGUAGUGUAUCCACAGGAUAGACAAUCUGUACAGGAUUUUGAAUCUGUUGUUGAUGAAGACAAAUUUAGAUCAGGAGGAACUGCUGGUUCCAAUAGAUCCAGUUACUAUAGAACAAGGCCACAGCAAUUAGGACAAGUCAAUAUAGAGCUCAAACAAGGGGACAUCACAAUGGAGAUGACCUCUGCUAUUGUCAACAGUACUGACGACCAAUUAGAUCUCAGGAAAGGUGCUGUAUCUAAAGCCAUUCUGAAGGCGGGAGGGCCAAAACUACAAGUAGAGUGUAACGCUCAACGUAUGGCUAUGAUGUCUCAAGGUUUGGUGGUGACCUCUGGUGGUAAUAUGUUAUGUCGGUACAUUCUCCAUGUCAGAACAUGCUCUCGUCCAAAGGACCUAGCACAAGCUGUGGGCAGAUGUCUGAAAGAGGCUGAUCGCCUCAGAUGUGACACCCUCACCUUCCCCGCCCUUGGCACAGGUCAGAUAGGCUGUCCACCAAAGGAUGUAGCAGACACCAUGUUUACUACCAUACAACAGUUUACUGACCAGCUCCGUUACUUGAAGAAGGUCAGCAUUGUCAUUUACCAAGCAGACAUGGUAGACACAUUCAAAGCUCAACUCAAUCGUCAACUAGGAGGAGCCGACUCUCAGACAAAAGAAAAAGGAGCAUACAAAUUCAAGAGUAAAACACCAAAGGCCGAUAAAUCAGUGACCUGUGCAACCCCUGCCGAGGUUCAGUUUUUGUUAUGGAGCGACUCUUCUACAAAUCUUAACCAAGCCAAGAGGCGUAUUGACCAGGCUUGUGAAUACGAAUUCAGGACAAUGACAGUGUCAUCAUCCUACCAAGAAAUUAUAAAAGGAUUGAAUAGAUACCAGAUUGAAAAGUUACAUCAGCUUGGAUCCCAAGGAAAUGUCCACUUAAGAAUAAACCAGAGUAGAGGGGAGAUAACUCUAGAAGGCAGACAUUCACUGACCUCGGCCCUGCUCCCAGAAAUACAAAAUCUACUCCACAAAUUUGAGAAACAUAAAGAUGAUGUUGAAAAAGCAAAGACAGUCGCUGAUUAUGUGCAGUGGUUGUAUGAUGAAAAUGGGAAAUGGCGACGAUUCAAUGCAGAGAUCAACUUGGUUAUUGAAAAGGCUUUCAAGGACAAAGAAGUUCAAACCAAAGUCAAGGACAACAAAGGGGUCACAUAUAUAAUAGACUUUCAGAAAAUGGAAGAAUAUGAGAAAGAUUUACCACAUAAGAAAUACAAAAUAGAAAGACGAGACCUUGGAGCAAAGUCAUCAGCUGGGAUUAGACUGCCAACCUCCUGGUCACCGAUGGGUAAAGACAGUUACAAAAUGGUUACUCUCUCAACCAACGAUAGUGAUUACAAAACCACAGAGAAGGCGUUCCUCAGUGCUCAACAGCAGGCACCUAUUCAACAGGGUGGGUUUCACCAGUUCCUCAUGCAAGGCUUCAUGGCUCCCCAGUAUGGCAGGCGCCAAAUUGUCAAGGUAUGACAGCAUUAAUCAAAGAGUGUAGCAGUACAGUAUACCACAGCCUAUGGUAAUGGAGUAUAUUUUGCAGUAGAUGCUUCUUACUCUGUCGGUUUCUGCCAGCCAGACAGAAAUGGACUAAAUCACAUAUUUUACACACGUGUCUUGACAGGGGAGUUGUGUGCAGGACACAGUGGGAUGAGAUACCUACCCGAUGGAGUUCGGGGCACAACAUAUGAUUCAGCCACCAACAAUGUGUCUGCUCCAUCCAUCUAUAUCAUUUUCCAUGAUAGCCAGGCAUAUCCUGCUUAUCUCGUCAGCUUCAGGUAGUUGUCAUCAGAUGUCAUGGGGGCAAAAUGGACUGCACAGAUCUGCUGGACAUCUGAGGAUAAAAGGAAUUGCACAGAUCUUUCGGACAUCUAGGGACAAAAUGGACUGCACAGAUCUGCUGGACAUCUAAGGACAAAAUGGACUGCACUGACCUGUUGGACAUCUAGGGACAGAAUGGACUGCACUGACCUGUUGGACAUCUAAGGACAAAAUGGACUGCACUGACCUGUUGGACAUCUAGGGACAGAAUGGACUGCACUGACCUGUUGGACAUCUAAGGACAAAAUGGACUGCACUGACCUGUUGGACAUCUAGGGACAGAAUGGACUGCACUGACCUGUUGGACAUCUAAGGACAAAAUGGACUGCAGUGAUCUGCUGGACAUCUAGGGACAAAAUGGACUGCACUGACCUGUUGGACAUCUAGGGACAAAAUGGACUGCACUGAUCUGCUGGACAUCUAGGGACAAAAUGGACUGCACUGACCUGUUGGACAUCUAGGGACAAAAUGGACUGCACUGACCUGUUGGACAUCUAGGGACAAAAUGGACUGCACUGAUCUGCUGGACAUCUAGGGACAAAAUGGACUGCACAGAUACUGAAAGCAGUUCAAUGCUUAAAUAAUCAAGUUGUGUAAGAGUCAUUCUUAGUCAACAGUAGUUGGUAGUGGUCACUAAUGAUCAGCUCUGGGGAAUAGUGGUCAAUAGUGGUUUUAGUUAGAAAAAUUACUUCUUUUGUCUCAUUGCUAAUUUUACAGUUACCAAGCAGCAUCUAUGUAUUUAUCUGUACUCGUAUUACGUUUAUUUUGUUCCUUUAUCAUCAGCUAGCUUAUUGAUAAUAUACGUUGUUUUG